AUGUCUCCUGAUCCUACGUCUCAGCAGGUAGACGAGGAAACGCCUUUGCUUCAAUCAGAGGAAAAUGCGCCGGCGAAGACACCACAAACACCACUACCAUGGGGCCAGUUCUCAAUGCUCCUAGUGUUGCAGAUUGCAGAGCCAAUGGCAGCGUCAGUUAUCUCGCCUUUUGCGCCUCAGCUUAUUCGUGACAUUGGGAUCACCCACGGAGAUGAAGCGCUCGUGUCGUUCUACGUUGGGCUGGUGCACUCGCUGUUCUUUGCAACCGAAGCGCUCACCAUCUUCCACUGGAGUCGUCUCUCUGACUAUAUAGGUCGCAAACCUGUCCUGCUAAUCGGACUGUUCGGACUCUCCCUCUCUAUGUUCUGCUUUGGUCUGUCCAAGACAUUCUGGAGCUUGGUGAUAAGUCGUUGCCUGAGUGGCGCCCUCAAUGGCAACAUAGGCGUUAUGAAAAGCAUGACUGCUGAAAUGACAGAUUCGACUAAUCUGGCUCGCGCGUGGGCAUUCAUCCCUCUUGCCUGGUCCAGCGGUCUUACACUUGGGCCGCUCGUAGGUGGAGUACUUGCACGACCUGCGGAUAGGUUCCCUAAUAUCUUCGGGGGUUCUGGAUUUCUGAAGAAAUAUCCUUAUUUCUUGCCGUGCGCAGUCCCUGCCACUAUGUCAGCGUUGACAUGGAUCGUCGUUUUUCUUUACUUGAAGGAGACCGCAACUCCACAAAUAAACAUUAGCCAGCUGCUACCUUGGAAAAAGCGCAAGACUGUUCCUUCACCUGCUCUAGAAUCCCCGCUGGUAUCAUCUCCAGUUGGUGAUACGCCCGUCCCCAUUCGAGCUCUUUUCGUUCGUCGUGUAAUCAUCGCAACUGGGAGCUACGCUGGUGUUGCCCUUGUUGAAAUCGCAUUUCGCACUGUACAACCCGUGUUUUAUGCUACUCCCAUAUCGCUAGGCGGUCUGGGGUUCGAUACCCCAACCAUUGGAAUUGUUCUGGCAGUCCAGGGGAUCUUAAAUGGGAUAACGCAGCCGUUGGCAUUUGCCAGGCUUCAUGACGUUAUGGGUCCGAAAAAACUUUGGCUAUUCGCUGUGACUUGCGCCCUGCCUAUGAUCGCUCUCCUCCCGGCCUCGAAUACUUUGGCGAGAUAUAGUGGCGUUGUACAGAGUGUUUGGUGUUUGGUGGCCCUACAGGUCGCUCUUGGGAGUUGCAUGAACUUCGCAUAUGGCAUCUCAUUCAUGUAUAUCUCUGCGGCUUCCCCUAACCGAGCGUCUGUGGGCGCGACAAACGGGUUUGCACAAGUGAUCGUUUCUGUGAUGCGCGCUAUUGGACCGGCUGCAGUCAACUACGCGUUCUCGAUAAGUAUAGAGAAACAUUAUCUUGGAGGGAAUCUGGUGUAUUGUGCAAUGGCAGGUAUGGUGUGCAUGGUGAUGGGCAUUGGCUUCUUGUUACCUCGCACCAUGUCGACAAAGUAG